UUUAACAGGCGCAGUUCGGCAGUUUCAGAAGAGUGUUUCACAGUCGAAAUGUAUCCAGUUAUCAAGGUUAUUGUUGUACUGUUCAGUUUAAAGUACUUCGUUACCGGAGAAUACUCUCGAGGAACAAGUAAAAUUGGAAGCUCAUCUUCAAGAGCGGCAAGAAAAUUAGUGAAUGUUGCGUACAUGAAGUGUUUUGAUGAGGUUCCAAAUUACGUGAAAGCUACUGUGAAGCCGAGUGACUCGUCUCUACCACAUCAGUUCAACCUUACUGUCAAACGAGUGGAGAAAUAUAGUUUCUUGGUUGAAAUAUUGCGCACAGAUCUCGACUCUGGAUGGGAAGAAUUAUCACUCACAGUACAUUGGACAGCAGUAAUGAAAGCGAGGUAAUUGAUAUAUUACAUGAAUGUAACUUGCUUUAUCCUCGCGAACGACAGUC